UGAAACACUGAAAUCUGGUCGGGUCUUGCUUUGUGGGAUGUGGAUAUUGGUGGGUCUUCCUCUUCUUAUUUCAAUACAACAAACCUGCCUUGUUUCUCAUUUCCUCCUCCUCCCAUAGAAAAAACAGCACCAACACCAUACAAAAACAAUUUUAGCUUUUUCUUUUGGUAUUUGCUUUCUUCUUCAUCAGUGAGAAAUGGGGAUGUCUGCCACAGAUUCACAGUUUCACGUUCUAGCUGUUGAUGACAGCGUCAUCGAUCGAAAGCUGAUCGAGAGGCUCCUCAAGACCUCAUCGUACCAAGUUACUACAGUUGAUUCUGGUAGCAAGGCUCUUGAGUUUCUGGGUUUGUAUGAGGAUGAACAAAGCAGUUCAGAUUCACCUUCUGUCUCCCCAAACAAUCAACAGGAAGUGGGAGUGAAUCUUGUAAUUACAGACUACUGUAUGCCUGGAAUGACAGGAUAUGAUUUGCUCAAGAAAAUCAAGGAGUCUUCAUCUCUGAGGAACAUACCUGUUGUGAUCAUGUCAUCUGAGAAUGUGCCUUCAAGAAUCACCAGAUGCUUGGAAGAAGGGGCUGAGGAGUUUUUCUUAAAGCCAGUGAGACUAUCAGACUUGAGUAGGCUUAGACCCCAUUUGAUGAAAUCCAAGUCCAGCAAUCAAAACCAAGAAAAACAAGAAGAUGAAUCUGAAAACUCAGAGACUCAAUCACAGGAGCAGGAUCAUGAACUAGAACAGCAACAACCGCAAACGAUGCCGCCCAACAAUAACAAGAGGAAGGCAAUGGAAGAGGGGCUUUCACCUGAUAGAACUAGACCCAGAUACAGUGGGAUCGCCACUCUGGUUUGAUUUCCAUUGUUUUUUUUUUUUUUCUCCUGAUGAUUUGAACAAUGUAAUUUUACUACCUUUUAUCUCCUUUCUUUUUUUUUUUUCCUUUUUUUUUAUUUUUUUUUAUUUUUUAUUUUUCAUUUCAGCUGCUGGUUGAUACUGGCCGAAAUGAGUGUAGAGGGUUUUUUUUUCAUGUAUACAAUUUACAUGAAAAUAGUUACAUUCCAAUUUUGUUGUGCUACUUUGAUUAAUGAGAUAAAGUAAAAAAAUUAAAUAAAUAAAUUGAUGUAUAAUGAAACAGGGUUACUUUGAUCAA